AUUUAUUCCAAAUGUGAAGAUUCUCACAUACAUACACAUGUCAUAUACUCCAAUAGCAACAAAAGCAGCUACAACAACAGAGGAGAGAGAAAAACCACUUGGAAUGUGCUUAUAAUAUGGGUGUAAAAGUAAAGAGAAAGCAAGAAGAAGCUUACGGCAAUCAAAGUGACUUGGACACCGAGCAUUGGCAGUCGUGAUUGGAUUCAUCGUCGAUAUGGAUAUUGAAAUUUUGUAUGCGCAUAAUUCUAAGUCAGCCGGUAAAUUGAAUUUACCAGGAACGGCUACGGUGGCUGAUGUCAAGGUGCAUGUGCAUAAAUUAGCACCUAAUUUAUACGCUGAACGGCAAGCAAUUCGAUUGGAAGCGCGUGGUAAAACGCUUAAAGACAAUGAAACACUACAAUCGCUCAAUUUACGAUCGGGCAGUAAAUUGUAUGUGAAAGAUUUGGGACCACAAAUCGGUUGGAGCACCGUAUUUUUGUGCGAAUAUGCUGGACCAUUGGCUGUUUAUCUGUUUGUUUAUCAACGACCAUGGAUCUUUUUCGGAAAUGUUUCGGAAGCUACAUAUACAACAACACAACAUAUUGCAGCCGCUUGCUAUGCAAUUCAUUAUGUGAAAAGAUUGUAUGAAACAAUAUUUGUGCACCGUUUUUCACAUGCCACAAUGCCAUUGUCGAAUCUUUUCAAGAAUUGCACUUACUACUGGGGUUUUACUGCUUAUGUUGCUUAUCAUGUGUGUCAUCCAUUGUACACGCCACCAUCAACGCUACAAACAUACAUUGGAUUAGGUGGAUUUGCGCUAUGUGAAUUGGGCAAUUUGGCUACGCACAUUGCUCUGCGUAAUUUACGACCGCCUGGUACACGAGUACGUAAAAUUCCCGUUCCCGACUGGAAUCCACUAACCAAUUUGUUCAAUUAUGUAUCCUGUCCAAAUUACACAUACGAAGUUGGUUCAUGGAUUUGCUUCUCAAUUUUGACCAAUUGUAUACCAGCAUUCCUCUUUGCAUUUGCCGGUUUCUAUCAAAUGGCCAUAUGGGCACUUGGCAAACAUCGAAACUACAAAAACGAAUUCAAAAACUAUCCAAAACAAAGAAAGGCAAUCAUUCCUUUUGUCCUCUAAACAAACAAAAUUUCAUGAAAUUUUCUACGAUUUUCUUUUUGUUUUGUGUGGGUGUCACAAAAAAAAAAUUCCCUUCAGUUUCCAGAGCAAGCAAGAUUGAGAUAAAAAAAGCGAGAAUUUUACAAACGAAAAUUCAAACUCCAUUUCGAACAUUAAUCUAAAUGAGAUUGUAGAUUUACAUAACAUCAUCUAUGCGCAAAUGUGCAAACAGGCUAAUAUAUAUAUUUAAGAAACAUUCUGUUUGUUUACCAAAAACAUAACACACCAAAAUCGACAUCCAAAAAAAAAUUGUCAUAUUUUUUGCAAUUUUUCACUGUAUCUCAAUUCAAUUCAAUAUCAUUUUUCUCGUUAUUGAUAUACGUCCAAUGUUUCACAUAAAAUGUAAUGUAAUUUUCCACAGAAAAUGAACAACAAAAUUCAUUCAAUUUUUUUGUGAAUUUCUUAUGUAAAAUUUGACGUAGGUACAUCAAAAAUGAGUCGAAAAAUACUGCAAUUUAUUUUGAUGUCUAUCUUCUUUUUUUCAAUGGGAUUUUAUACGAGUAAACACACACACGUCAUCGCAUGUAAAUUGAUUUAAAAUUUGCAAACAUGAAACUUGAGAUGGGAUUUCAAUGAAAAAAAAAAUAACAAAAAAAAUCUAAUGACUUAAUACAAAAAUGGGCAUAGCAAUUUACUUUGAUUCAAAAUGUGCGCUCGUUGCACUAUUUAGAGUGUGCGAGAAAGAGUUUGUGUUAAAUAUUGGAAAGUAUUUAAACGACGGUAAAUGAUAUGCUGAUUGUAUUUAAAAGUGAACGAAAAAAAAUAAUAAUAUAUAACUGUACUAGCAA